CGGCGGCAUGGGGGAGCUGCGCGGCUGCGGGUGCUGAGCGGAGCCGCCCGGGAUGGCCCAGAGCGGCGGUGCCGACGGGCCGGGCUCGCCCGGGGCCCGCGAGAGCCUGGCGGCCGAGGCCGCGGACGAGCUGAGCUCGCUGGGCUCCGACUCCGAGGUCAACGGCGGCGGCGGCGGGGAGCGGCGCAUCGACAAGUUCGGCUUCAUCGUGGGCAGCCGCGGCGCCGAGGGCCGACUGGAGGAGGUGCCGCUGGAGGUAUUGAGGCAGAGGGAGUCCAAGUGGCUGGACAUGCUCAAUAACUGGGACAAGUGGAUGGCCAAGAAGCACAAGAAGAUCCGGCUGCGCUGUCAGAAGGGGAUCCCGCCUUCUCUGCGGGGCCGGGCAUGGCAGUACCUCUCAGGAAGCAAGGUCAAGCUGGAGCAGAAUAUUAGCAAGUUUGACGAGCUGGAUCUCUUGCCAGGGGAACCCAAGUGGCUGGAUGUGAUCGAGCGGGAUCUCCAUAGGCAGUUUCCAUUCCAUGAAAUGUUCGUUUCACGGGGAGGCUAUGGGCAGCAAGACUUGUUCCGGGUGCUGAAAGCUUAUACGCUGUACCGGCCGGAGGAGGGCUACUGCCAAGCCCAAGCACCCAUCGCAGCUGUCCUGCUCAUGCACAUGCCUGCUGAGCAAGCAUUCUGGUGCCUCGUGCAGAUCUGUGAGAAGUACCUUCCUGGCUACUACAGUGAGAAACUGGAGGCAAUCCAGCUAGAUGGGGAGAUCCUCUUCUCGUUGCUGCAUAGAGUCUCUCCUGUGGCCCACAAACAUCUGAGCAAGCAGAAGAUUGACCCAAUCCUCUACAUGACGGAGUGGUUCAUGUGUGCAUUCUCCAGGACUCUGCCCUGGAGCUCUGUCCUGCGUGUCUGGGACAUGUUCUUCUGCGAAGGGGUGAAGAUCAUAUUCCGGGUUGGCCUGGUCCUGCUUAAACACACGCUUGGCUCCUCUGAGAAGCUCAAGUCCUGCCAGGGACAGUAUGAAACCAUGGAGAGGCUGCGGACUCUGAACCCCAAGAUCAUGCAGGAGACUUUGCUGGUGCAAGAGAUCAUAGAGCUGCCAGUGACAGAGCGGCACAUUGAACGUGAGCACCUGAUCCAGCUGAAGAAGUGGAAGGAGACUCAUGGGGAGCUACAGUAUAAGUCUCCCCCACGUUUGCAUGGGGCUAAGGCCAUCAGCGAGGCGGAGCCACACUCCCACCAGGCCCUGGGGUCUAGGCCUUCCAUCAUCCUGCCAACCGAUGCCCUGGUCCCAUCCAAGGGCAACAAGAAUAAGCUGCAGAAAGAAAAGAAACAGGACAAAGGGAAAGACAGCCCCGGCAAUGGGCUUAUCCCUAAGGAGAAUGGCACCCCUGCCUCCCCCGAGCCCCAGACUCUGCUGAAGCAUCCUGAGGCCUCCCCGCAUCACCAGUCAAAGGAGAGCCUGACCUCCCGGGAGAGCGAGGACACCUAUUUGUAACGGGGAUCUAAGCACAUUUUGUGAACACCUGCCUGAGGGUCUGGGUACACUGUGCCACAGACCAAGAGAAAAUAUACAUUCCCUGCAGCAGCCAAGGGAGGGAUGGGGGGUUGUGCAGGGACCCUGGGGGCCUCUUCUGCCACUGGUGGGACACCGGGUCUCUAGGCACGAGGAGACUUUUUUUUUUUCUCCUUUCUUUUGAGUCUUGAGCUUUUCUAUUUAUUGUCUGGCAGGGUGGGAGGUGGGGCAGUGUUGGUGCAGCUUGCUUGGUAGGGGCUGCUCAGGUCUCUAAACAAAGGGCUAUAAAGUUGUAAGCAUCUGCCCCGGAGAGCCCUGCAAACAACCACCUCCUGCAGGGAAGUGCCGAUCUCUCUGCUGGAUUCUGUGCAGCCCCUGGUUUGGUCCCAGGGGCUUUUCAUUGGCUGCUUUGCCAAGGAGCUGGCUGACAUGUUUGAAAUGAAGCUCAUGACUCAACCAGAGCCAAGGAUGGGGCAGAAUCACUCUGGGUCUUGGGGCCUGCAGCACAUGGCACCUCAGGGAUGAGGGGCUUGAGAAGGAGUGCACAGCAGGGUUGGGCUCCUGGCUGUGCCUGGAUGCUGCUUCCUUCCCCCUUAGGCUGAGCAUUUGGCUCCUUCCCCUAUAAACAGACAAACCUCUCCUCUGAGCUGGCUUCUCUCUCUGGUGAAGAUGCCUCUAAUGGUCACAGCUACCUGGGACUCUGGGGAAAUUUUGUCUUGGUUAGCCCAGUCCUGGAGCAGAGGCUGGAUUGGAGCAGUGUGUACUUGAGGGUCUAGAAGGAGCUACUUAGGGCCCUGGAGCUGCAUGCAACAUUUUGGGCUAACUUUGGGAGCACCGAAGCAUCUGUGUUCCUUUCACCUUUUCCAGCUCUGUAUUGCAGGAUCUGCUUUGUAUUAGCCAAAUGUAUGAGCUGGAAAGACUCUCCCAGCCCUGGGAGAGAGACAAGUUUGUCAGGAGUUCUGUAAAGAUGGAGAGGAGGGAAGAAACAAAGCAAUGCCCCAUUUCCUUGCCCUACUUCUCCAUUGACAUAGUGAGGGUAUAUUAAGCUAUAUCUGAACAUUUAACACUGAAUUUAUAUAUGUCAAGGAGCUAUUUAUUUUUUUUCUUAUGAUGAUAACUAAAAAAUCCCCUGUCCUUUGUAUUGUCUGAGUUUGUGUCCUCUAUAGACGCAGUGCAAGGACCAUAUAUAGUCAUGAGAGCAAGGGCUCUUCAGUCCCUGUGUAAAAGCAGUGUUUGAAUUGGUCACAAGUAUGGUGCUUUGUUUUUGUUGGGGCUAGCCCUUCCCAGGAACACUAAUAUUACUUUCAGCUCAGCCACCAGGGUAGAUUAGUCUGAGCAGAGCAGUGCUGGCUGGGGUCCUGUUCACACCAGGAGUGCUGUUCCCUGUGUGGCAUGCCAUAUGCUGUGCUGGCAGUGCUGUUCCUGUGUGUGCAGCUUAACUGCCAAAGCUAGGUUUUGUCCUGCUGUAGCAGACUUCCACCUCUUCCCAGCAAAGAAGCUCUUUCUGUGGUUGUGACCUCUAUACUAGAGGCUUUUUCCACACCCACUCUGCACAUGACUUCUCUUUGCACCCCUGCCCCAUAGGGCUGUCAGCCCAAGACUGCAGCACAGGCGCUGCAUGAGCUGCAGCACCACCUGUCUGUUGAACCCCCUGAACUUGGGAAACGCAUGCAUGUUUGCUGAUGUAUCUGUUUUUGGGGGUGGGAGGGAGCAUGAAUGCUGCCCAUGGUAUACCCCAAGCUUCUGUCCUCUUGCCCUCCUGCAGCCCUAGCUUGACCCUAGCAGGCUCCUGCCUGGUGUUUGGGAUUUGCUUUUCCUAGUCUGCAUCCAUGAUUCAGCUUGCUUCAGUGCAGCCCCUAGUAAAGUCAAGCUUGGGAGCCCCUUAUUUUCUUGGCAAAGGAGAAGAGGCAGGAACACAUAAGUUUACAGUUUGUUUUGUUAAUUAGUUGCCAGCUGAGAGGAGUGGUGUCUAGGAACCUCCUUUCAAUGCCCUUUCCUCCUCGGGUUGCAUCUCCACUCAUCUUCACCCUCCCUGAAGGUGGCUGCUUCUUAUGCAUUCCAAAGUGCAGGUGGGGAGCCUGGACACUGACUGGCCAGGGGGAGGGAGCAGCACAAGGUCUUCCCCAGAGCUGGGGAGCUAAGUGAGUGUCUCUUUUUGUCUCCUUCCCUGCCCCAGCCAUGUUACACAGUGCAACCCCCUGGAUGGAAUUUUCUUGUGUAAAAUAAAUCAGUAAAUAAUAAAGUUGAAAUGGUUUUGUACAGAGAAUAAACAAGCUGGGAUUCUGUAAAGAA